AUUAUAUCUCUGUACAGAAAAAGUUUGAUGCUGAUUUCAAGGAAGCUGAGUGUUACAAGAUUGACACAGUAAACAAGAAAGUUCACUGUAAAACAACCCAACAAAGUCAUUUGGGUGGUGGCACAGAAGAGUUUACCGUAGAUUAUGACUAUCUGGUGAUCGCUAUGGGAGCUCGAGCAAAUACUUUCAACACCCCAGGUGUUGUGGAGAAUGCACACUUUCUGAAGGAAGUAGAAGAUGCUCAGAGAAUUCGUAGGAAUGUGAUAGAUUGUUUUGAGAGGGCAAGCAUUCCCAGCAUAAGUGAAGAGGAGAGAAGGAGAAUUCUUCACUUUGUGGUAGUUGGAGGUGGUCCAGCCGGCGUGGAGUUUGCUGCUGAGCUUCAUGAUUUUGUGAAAGAGGAUCUCGCGAAGUUGUAUCCUGCCCUUAAACAGUACGCGAGGAUAACACUCCUUGAGGCUGGUGAUCAUAUACUGAACAUGUUUGACAAAAGAAUUACAGCUUUUGCCGAGGAAAAAUUUGCGAGAGAUGGUAUUCAGCUGAAAACUGGAUCAAUGGUGGUGAAAGUAAGUGAUCGUGAAAUAUCAACAAAAGAGAGAAGCACCGGACAAACUGUUACAAUACCAUAUGGAAUGUGUGUCUGGUCCACUGGUAUUGGAACUCGCCCUGUCAUUAUGGAUUUCAUGAAGCAAAUUGGUCAGACAAACAGGCGAGUCUUAGCAACGGAUGAAUGGCUCCGAGUAGAAGGGUGCAGCGAAAUUUAUGCUCUAGGUGAUUGUGCCACAAUAAACCAACGCAAAGUCAUGGAAGAUAUUGGAAUCAUAUUUAGCAAGGCAGACAAGGAUAAUUCUGGUACCCUAAGAGCAGAAGAUUUUAAAGAAGUGAUCCAUGACAUAUGUGAGAGGUAUCCUCAAGUGGAUCUUUAUCUGAAGAAAAGGCAGCUGAAUAACUUUAAUGCUUUACUAAAGAGUUCAGAAGAAGAUGCUGAAAUAAACAUUGAAAAGUUCAAGUCACUACUUGCUGAAGUAGACUCCCAGAUGAAAAAUCUUCCUGCUACAGCACAGGUUGCUGCUCAACAAGGUAGUUACCUUGCUGACUGUUUCAAUCGCAUGGAAAUGUGUGAAGCUAAUCCAGAAGGUCCACUAAGAUUCCGAGGAACGGGCCGCCAUCGCUUCCAUCCUUUUAGGUAUAGGCAUUUGGGGCAGUUUGCACCAUUGGGUGGAGAACAAACUGCAGCUCAACUCCCUGGAGACUGGGUUUCAAUAGGUCACAGUACGCAGUGGCUCUGGUAUUCAGUAUAUGCAAGCAAGCUAGUCAGCUGGCGUACAAGGGUGUUGGUGGUAUCUGAUUGGAUAAGGCGUUUCACAUUUGGGAGGGAUUCUAGCAGAAUCUGAAACAGCAUUAAACUUAUCGACUAUACCACAACUUUGAUUUGUUGUUCUUUAUACUUGCUGUAAUUCAGCGCUUCUUACUAGUAUAAUUCAGAAAUUUUGUUAGUAUUAUAUUUCCUGAACCGAUUUCCUGCUUCCAAGUAAUAUUCAUCAAUAUCUAUUCGUCUCUUUGGCACUUAUCAAGGGCGUAAGGGCAUAUUAUUAGAC